AACUGAGAACGAGAAUGAGAGAGUCCCCGGCACGUGACUAUUCUCAAUGUGGACGCGUUUGUUUGGAUCCAAAGCCUUUGCCAAACAACCGCCUAUCCCGCAACCACGUCAAUCUCAAUACAUGUCUGACAGCCCAGAUGAUUUCCUCGACAGCGUCGAAGGGGAGAUUACUUUCUUUCGAUCCGUGAUGAAGGCUCGGCCCGUUGGACUCCACAAGCAUUUUCAUGUAUUGGCCAUUCGCAAUACAAUACACAAUGAUACUGGUCAUGUCCUACCCGUCGAGAGUAUUUGGGCAAAGUUGAAAACGUGUUAUGAUCUUGAUGCACUAGAGACCGCACGUCGGAUACGUGCAACGGCCUCCCUUGCAUCAUCAACGCCCGCGCCAUCACCGCGCCAGCCCAGUAAAUCAAAAAAGACCAAGACUACGAAACGUAGUAAGAGCAAAGCGGACAUGGCUGGCUUGGUAGGAGGCGAUAGCGACAGCAGCGCGCUCACGCAGGAGAGCGGAGACGAGGGUGCCGGGAUCACCCCCAGCGUCAUCACAGGCACUGACGCAGGCACAGACUAUGAAGAGGACAACCUGGACUGCCAAUCGAAAUCGGCACGAGGACGUGUCAAGCAGCUUGCUCGAGGAGGGGCGGUGGGGCGAGCCAGGGCAGGGUCGGCGAGCCAUGCCCGGGGAACCAAGAAACGAAAGAAGUAGCAUUUCAUGUUCAUUAUUGUUCUGGCAAUGUGCUUAUAAUGACUCUACCUGUUUGCCCUGACGAUGACAGGCAUACCCUUACCAUGGAUUGCAUCCUCGCAUUCAAUCUAAGUAGCAGUGCCAAUACUAAUGAUGACUGCUGCAAUGCCAUAUGCCAUAGCAUUUGCAAACAGAUGUGGUACUGGGUUAAAGCUAAUAUACAGGCAAAACACCGCUUGUGGGAGUCACUGCAGUUUUGCCCACUUCAACUAUUCAGAUCUCGAUGGAGUAAAUAUGUGAACGUGGAGGAUCGACAUGCUCAUGCAUGGCCACCAGUCCUGUGUGGUAGGAGAGUUACCUCGACAUCAAGCUUGAACUCGAUCGGGUCACAGUAUUUGUGUGACUGCGGUCGCCGACUCAAUUGCAACUUGCAACUUUGUACAUCACGAC